AUUGAACGUGCUCCGUGGGGAUCGGAUGAACGGCCGGCGCUUGUAUUUGAUUAAUAAAGUGGCCGCAAAAGAGUGCACUCUUCUCGGACGAGUGGACUCUAGCCCGUUAUCAGUGAUAUCAACUACCAGAGCGGCGACAAGCCAACCGGGCGGAAGGCUCUCAACGAGCGCGGUUGAGUUGGGCAAUGAUUAUCGAAAGCGCAGCCGACAACGACGACGAACAAGCUACUGACUCCAAACAGUCACUAAGAGACCCGCGAACAGAUACAAUAUCGCGCGCGCGGUAUUAACGAUAAAUUAUCGAUUCGAAAUCAGUAGCGAUCAAGUGUUGUUUCUUCCAUAAUUCUUCUAGAAUCUAGAUUGUGAGGUCUUCGGUGAUCGAAGACAAAAAGCAUGUAAUGCUUCGCGAAUUUUCCGCGCGUUCAUUAGAACAUGAUCCUUGAAAAACGUCCGAUAUUGCUCGUUCUCGCUCUCCUCUUGCUCUGUGCACUCGGCAACAAUGACGCACCUACAUCGAGAGGGACAACAAUCGCGAUGUCGGUGGAAAAAUUGGAUUACGAUCCCGUCCCGAUGGAAAACUUCGAGAUGAUCUACGAUCCUGGAUCUAUGGAAAAUAAUUUCGCAAAAAUCGAGAGUGACGAUGCGAUCACUACUUUCUAUGGAUCCACCGUGGAACCCCUGACGACUGUUUUCCAGCCGGUCACCGAUAGCGAUAACUCGUCAUCAUCUGCGACUGUCGAUCAGACGACGAGAGCUACAGUUACUGUGACCAACAGCGUGAUUUCCACCGAUAGCACGAUCAAUAUAACAAUCUGCGAUCCGACGUGGCCGGAGAACGCAACCGAGGAUACAAAAGAGGUAAUUAAUUUGAAGACGGACGGUAUAGGCACAGAAUGGAUCGCUCUCUCAUGGGAACCUCCGUGUAACGUGAACGCCACGAUAGGAUACCUCAUCUAUAGAUGCGACGACAAUAAAAAUUGCAAUGAGACGAGUGAGGUUGUUACCUCGCAUAAUGCUACCAAUCUUGAGCAAUGCACGCGGUACACGUUUAACGUGAAAAUUAGGACCCCGUACUGGAAUUCUACGAAUGGAGUCGCUCUGUCAGCCGAUACAACCAUUUCGGAAGUCGGAGACGUGAUCUCCCUGAGCGCGCGCACCAUCAGCGUCAACGUUAUUCAAUUGACUUGGCAGGCGCCCGCGAUUGACGCGAAAUGCAUAUCCAACUACUCGAUUACUCAGUGCGACAAGAAGUCCUGCAACGAGACCUCGGUCUCCGCCACAAAUUAUACCGCCAAUGAUCUCGAGCCGUGCACGGAGUAUCACUUCACCGUGAAAACGGUGACGCCGUCGGUGAAAUCUGCCGGCGUAAAUCAGACCGCAAAGACAGCUUCGCCGAAAUUGUCGGCGCCGCAGUCUCUUCGCGUAAUACCCGGCAAUUUUUCGCUGACCGUUAAGUGGGAGCCGCCCGAGUCUGGCACGGUCUGUCUGAAGCAUUAUCACGUAACUACGGAUUCCAACAAUACCGUCAACACCACGAACACGAGUGUGGUAAUUUCGCCUUUGCACGCUUGCAAAAUGUAUCGGGUAUACAUCAACGCUGUAAACGAAGACGACCAUGAGGGAGAUAUAAUAGAUAACAGCGGUACCACACUUUCAUAUAGAACGAAUCCACCAGUUCCGCAUACUCCGGGAAUACCGCCAAAUGUUAGAAGCCUGUCGAUGAUCUGGACCAUCCAGAAAGAGAACAAUCAUUGCCAGUUGUCGUCGAUAAUAACUAUAUGCAAUUACACGGAGAAAAAGGGGAAAGGCUACGAGCCUGAGAAUCGCGUGUCCCCGAUGAAAAUAGAUCCCUACGAUGCUGCAAAUCCUGUCGUUGUAUUAAAUACAACCGUAGAGGGGCUAAGUCCUUUCACGAGUUACACUUGCUGGGCGCAUACCAUUAAUAUUGCGGGUUACAGUGACCUAAGUGACGGAGUCAAUGCCACAACGUUGGAGGACAUACCGUCUCCACCGUCUGAAUUGUCUGUCACAAACAUCACAAACUCGCAAUUCUCUUUAUCUUGGAAAGAACCGGAUUAUUUGCCCGGUUAUAUAGAAGAAUUCGAAAUCAUAAUCGAUUGGAAACCAUUGUAUCCGAUUCCAAAUUGGUGCCUCCUCGAAGAACAAGAUAAAAAUCAUUCUAAAAAACUUAAUAUAAGCGGAAGCGUGUUUGAAUACGAUUAUCUCGAGGCAAAGGCAUUCGCGAAUUACACAGUACGUAUAAGAGCGAAAACAGGGGAAGGGGGAGGAUGGAGCAACAGCAGUGAUCCCCAAACAUUUGAAAGCAGUAGUGGAGUUCCAGAGGUAAUUUCGAAAUUCAAUUCCUCGUCCAUCACGAUCAAAGAAAAUUCAAACGACACGAAUGUAUUAGAUACAAUUCUGACAUGGGGCUUGCCGUGUUCAUUAAACGGGGAACUCGAAUUCUUUAACAUAUCGGGCCGUGGCACCAGAGACAAAUAUGUACCCCAUGUUAUUUCGGAGACAUGCACAUGCACGGAUUACAAUAACAACGACAACAUGUGCUCGAUAAAUCUCAACGAGUUGAACGGAGAGUACAAGUAUAAUUUCACAAUAUCCGCCAAAGUAAAAAAUGUCGAUACACUCGGAUCGCCGAGUAGUCAAAGCGUGCUGUAUCCUGCCGGUAUACCGCCACAGCCUAACGAAUCAUAUAUUAAUUGGAUCACUCUGGAUCCGUUCAAGACGUACAGAUCCACAACGACCGCUGCUAUUUUACUGCCCCUAUUCCCAAAUACCAGCGGCGACGUUAAAUUUUAUGCGAUCAUGGUGUCAAAAAUGGGAUACAAUAAUGUACAGUCAAGGACAAGGUUCGAUCUAGAGAGCAAGGACUGGCCCAACGUGUCCUCCUGGGAGGAAUCAAUGACGAACGAUUUCUCGAUCACGUAUCAAGCGACAUGGCCGCAUUGGAAUCCUUAUCCGAACCACAUUGCUGAUUACGGGCACAUAAAGGCCGUCAAGUAUAUAAUCGGCAACGAUAACGACUGCAAGGAGAUCUCGUCCAACAUGGACAAUCGGGUGUACUGCAAUGGACCUCUUCAACCGGACACGUGGUACCACGUCAGAAUGAGGGCGUUUACUGACGGUGGUUACACCGAUUCCAAGAUAUUCAGGAUAAAAACGAACGCAGAACUGAAUAUCGCUCUCGUUAUCGGAGCUGUCUUCGGCAUUCUUUUCAUGGGAAUAGUGGUGACGAUGAUGUUGCUUGUGCGAAAAUGUUCUCCGCACAUAGUAUUACGAAGAUUUCUUCACUCUGACAUGCCCGGCUCGCCCGUGCCAGCGCCGUUCACCAGACGAAAAUUCAUGAGCCAUUGUCAGCAAUUGGUGGACAAUCCUGGGAAACUGAGCAAUGAAUUUCGGUUGCUUCAGACACUCAGUGUCGAUUUGCAGAUGCCCACAAACACGGCCUGCUUACAAGCUAACCGGAAGAAAAAUCGCUACUCCGACAUUUUACCCUAUGAUUUCUCGAGAGUAAAGCUGGAUGUGAUAGAUAACGACCCUAAUACGGAUUAUAUCAACGCAUCAUUCAUAAAGGGAUAUACAGGAGAAGAUGAAUACAUAGCUUGUCAAGGUCCAAAGGAGGAAACCACUUAUGAUUUUUGGAGAAUGGUCAACCAGUAUGACAUUAAUAUUAUAGUUAUGUUGACGCAAUUGGUCGAGAAAGGCAAAGAGAAAUGUCAUCAAUAUUAUCCGACGAUAGGGGAAUCUUUUCGAUACGAAAACAUGAUGAUACGAUGUACAAGUGAAUUGGACUUUAGAACGCAUACCCAAAGAACGAUUGUAUUACAAAAGGAAAAUAAAAAAAGAAAUAUUACUCACUUACACUUUAAAGACUGGCCCGACCACGAUGUUCCAGAAGAUUUUGACGCGAUGAUCCAUUUUUGCCAAAUAAUGCGUCGCAAUAUUAUCGCUAAUAAAGGUUACAUCGUCAUUCAUUGCAGUGCAGGAAUUGGUAGAACAGGAACAUUAAUAGCGAUAGAUAUUCUUCUGCAACAAAUUAGAGACAAUAGAAAAUUAGACGUAUUCGGAACUGUAUAUAGAUUGCGACAUCAUAGAAUAAAUAUGGUACAAAGAGAAAGUCAAUACGCUUAUAUAUAUAAUUGUAUAAAACAAGUACUCAAGAAUCCUUAUUGCUUAAAAACUUACAAACCACCACCAGUUGAGCCAGUAUAUGAGAACACCUCUAAAAAAGCCAAAGAUACAACAAAGUCAGACACAACUCUAGUCAACAAUCUUGAAAUAUUAAAAAAACAUAACUCCAUAUCUAUGGAAUCUCUGGAAUCAAUCUACAAUCUCUCUCAAUCACCUUCGAGAAACAUAACUAAUGGCGAUUUGAGGCAGUGCAAAUCAACAGGUGCCAUAAAUAUAAAAACUCAUCACACUACUAUAGGAAAAUUCCGAACUCUGGAUUGUAUUUUUAAACCACUAAGAAACACGUACGAGUUAAAUAGAGAAAUACAGGAGAGUCUUCCAUUGUUAACUUAUUCAAGCUCAACUGAUGUACUUGGCGAAAGCGUGCAAUACGCAACAAAUGGUAAGUUUCUUGAGUGAAAUUUACAUUGCAAAAAUUUUUCUUUUAUAUCAUAUUUGUUUAACAACAUGAUUUACUAAAUUUACAUAUUUUGCAGAUAUAUAAGAGACGACUGAAUUAUGUAUAAUUAUUCAUAUAAACGUUAAAUUGAUCAUCAAAUCCUUAUAGACCUUAGAUAUUUAGACCAAAGUGUAUAUGUACAUGUAUACACACAUAUAUACUGUAAUUAUAUGUAAAUACAACUACGUUGACAGAUUAAAAGAUAGAAAUCUUGAGAUAGAAUUGACAUUGUAUACUUUAUGUAUUACUUUUUAUAAAUAAUUGCAAUUCUCUGUAUACGCAUUCCCAUAUAUGAACGAAACACAUGCCACCAAAUGUCAAAAUACAUUAUGUGAUAC